AUGAAGCACAAAUACUCCUCUCUUCAUCAACUUCACCAUCAUGUCAUGCUCCUUCUUUUCAUCAUCAUCAACUUUAUAUCCACAGUAAAUGGGACCAAAAAGAUAGGAAUUGGUGUGAUUCUUGAUAUGGAAUCAAGCUUCGGAAAGACAAACAUUAUUUGCAUCAAUAUGGCGCUCCACGAUUUCUAUCAAACUCACAACUACACUACAGAAAUCGUCCCUCAUUUUCGUGAUGCAAAGCAUGAUACAGUUGAAGCUGCUUCUGCAGCUAUAAAACUUCUAAAAGAUGUUAAAGUAAUGGCAAUUAUAGGACCCCAUGAAUCCUCACAAGCAGAAUUUGUAGUCAAUAUUGGCAACAAAGCUAAGGUUCCGAUACUGUCUUUAGCUACAAGCCCUUCUCUAUCCCCAAAGGAUGAUCCCUACUUUGUCCGAGUAUCACACAGUUCGUCCACUCUAGCUCAACCCAUAGCAGCACUCGUCAAGUCUUUCAGUUGGCGAGAUGUGGUGUUUGUUUACCAAGAUGAUUUUGGAAGUGAAUUGAUUCAAUAUUUGUCUGUUGCCUUACAAAAGGUUGGGGCCAACAUCGUAAGUUGGAUUUCCUUAUCUCGUUUUGCUUCACAUGAUCAUAUCUCCGACGAGCUUAACAAAUUAAAAAGUAUGCCAACACGGGUUUUUGUAGUCCAUUUGUUACCAAACAUGGCUUCUAUUUUUUUCAAGAAAGCAAAAGAAGCAGGAAUGAUGCAAAAUGGGUAUGCCUGGAUCGUCACCAAUCUUUUGCAUACAUUGGAUCCUAGUGAUAUGGAUUCAAUGCAAGGAGUAGUUGGUGUGAAGCCCUAUAUUCCGAGGUCUAUUGAGCUAAACAACUUUGAAAAGAGAUUUCAGAGAAAUAAUCAAGAUAUGAAAGGAAUUAAAGUUGAUGUAUCUGGUUUAUUGGCAUAUGAUACCACUUGUGCACUAGCAAUGGCAUUAGAGAGACUAGGCAGUGCCUCUACAUUCCAACCACAAACGAAACAGUCUCUCGUAACAGAUAUAGAUGCUAUAGGAACCUCUAAACUAGGAUCAACUCUGAUAUAUGAGAUUAGAAAGACUAGACUAAAAGGGUUGAGUGGCGACUUCAUUUUAAGUGAUGGACAGUUAGGACCACCGGAUUACCAAAUAGUUAACUUAAUAGGAGAGGAAGAGAAAUCUGUUGGCUUAUGGAGACGGAUUAAUGGCAUAAUAUCUCCGUCUCAGGGUGGUGGUAUCAUAUGGCCUGGUGGAAGUAAUGAUAUUCCUCGAGGUUGGGAGAUCCCAGCUAUGAAAGAAAAGAAGUUAAGAGUAGGAGUUCCAGCCAAAAGUGGGUACGAUGAGUUUAUUAAAAUUGGCAAAAUAGACCCGAAAACUGAUGAGACCAAACCAACGGGCUUCUGUGUGGAAGUUUUUGAGGCAGUACUGGAAGAACUACCACUAGCACCAUCCUACGAAUAUAUUCCUUUUGGUAACAUCAAUGGAGUGACUUCAACAAGCUAUAAUGAUCUUGUUUACCAGAUUUUCCUCAAGGAGUUCGAUUUGGUGAUUGGAGAUGUGUCUAUACGGGCAAACAGGUCUAAGUUUGUCGACUUCACAUUGCCAUAUACAGAGUCUGGAAUCAUAAUGAUUGUUCCAAUCAAAGAUGAUGACAGGAAAAAUGCAUGGAUAUUUCUGAAACCUUUGGAAACAAAACUUUGGUUAACAGCAUGUGCUUUCUUUAUCUAUACUGGAGUUGUCGUUUGGGUAAUCGAACAUCAGAUAAAUAAAGAAUUCCGUGGCCUCCCAUAUAAGCAAGUUGGAAUCAUGUUUUGGUAUUCUUUCUCAACACUUGUUUUUGCCCACAAAGAGAAAAUCAUAAGCAACUUAUCAAGAUUCGUGGUGGUUGUGUGGAUUUUUGUGGUGCUAGUAAUACAAUCAAGCUACAUAGCAAGCUUAAUAUCCCAAUUGACAGUACAGAGACUUCAACCAGAUUACAGAGAUAUUUACGAUCUCAUGAGACGAGGAGACAGUUUAGGGUACAAGGAUGGUUCUUAUGUUGAACAGGUGUUGAAGGAUAUAGGUUUUGAGGCAGGAAAGUUAAAGGGCUAUCGAAGCUUGCAAGAGUAUGAUGAUGCGCUUUCAAAAGGGAGUAAACUUGGAGGAGUUUCUGCCGUUUUUGAUGAGCUUCCUUAUAUGCAGCUGUUCCUGGCCACAUACUGCAACAAGUACAUCAUGGUCGGUCCGACAUAUGAAACUGGAGGCUUUGGCUUUGCAUUUCCAAAAGGAUCUCCUUUGGUACCACUUGUUUCAAAAGCUAUUUCACAAGUCCUGGAGAACAACAUACUAACAAAUAUUUCCAAUAAAUGGUUGGGUCAAGAAGCAAACUGCAGAGACAAAAUUGGGGUUGUCGAGACCUCUGACCAGCUCUCGUUGGAAAGCUUUAUAGGCCUUUUUCUGAUUGCUGGCGUAUCAUCAACUUCUGCUUUGAUCAUUUAUUUUUGCAGAUUCUUGUUCGAGAAUAGAGGCAUUUUACUAUCUGAGGCUCCAAUUAGUCACAAGUUCUUUGUGAUUGCGAAAACCUUUGAUCAGAAAUUAUUGCCUGAUAAUGUGGAUGAGACUAGUCCAGUUCAUGACAUUGUAGAAACCAGAAUACAAAUGUAG